UAUUAUGUAUGAAAUCGUCAUCCUGUCAGUUCAGUGACUGGUUUGAAUAGCUCAUAUCUGCUACUCAUUGAUGCCAUGCGUGCUCACUGUCCUGAGAGAUGACAAAACACUACACCCUUUGGGAUUUUUUUUCCCCUCUGCUCUAAAGCAGCAUUUCACAUCUGUGUCUGACAGAAGCAUAAGGAGCUGAGAGAGGCAGACCUUCACCAUCCUUCACAGAAUAAUAUUGCAUGGAUUAAAAGUUAAGACCUGAUAUCUACUGAUCCUGCAUAUUUCCUACAAAAAUCUAAAAUGUGGAGGCUACCAAAAUAUGUAGGAAAAUAACUUUUCAGUGUUGGAAUAGCACCAGAAAACAGAUGGAAUUUACUGGAUUCUAAAUAUUUAAACGAUUUUUUAAAUGGGUGCUGAAUACUUGAGUUAACUGGGGUCGGUGCAUUUGCCUUUAUUUUUUUUUUUUUAAUUUUUUUUUUUGGUGGGGAGGGGAAGAUGCCAAGUUCAUAGGUUCUUUUUUGUUACCUGAUUAGGGCAGAAUAAACAAAAUGCUGAAUGUGGAAGAAAUCAGAUAUUGGAGAUACCUGGAAAUAAACUGGAAACAACUAAUAUCACAAGAUCAAAGCAGCAGUGAACAACAAGACGCUGUGGAAAAGAAAUCACAAGACGAGAGUGCACAAUGCAUUUCAAAUAGGAAAAAGCUUCCUAUCUGCUGAGUGAGUCUCAGUAUAUUCUGACAGAGCACAGACAAAGCUUCAAUCAAAUAUCUCCUAGGUAAUUUCCCCUGGGGUCAUCCUUCUGCACUUCCCUGGAACUCUGAGUGGUUCGGAUCAAACCAAGGCUGAAGUAUCCAGUGGAGAAAGUGCAACAGUGACCUCUUAAAUCCCCCUUCAAUUACUCAACUGCUCCUCACUCUAUCUCCAAAAGGAUGUUUUUGAAUACAGAAAGCAAUAUGCAACACUGCUAAGAUCCUGAUGACAAUACACCAAGAACAAGAAUGGGAGUCAAUUUAUUCAGCAAUUCUACUGUUGUAAACAGUUCAUCAAUCAACCAUAAGCAGUUAGAGGGGCAUAGCCUCUGGGAAGUCAUUACUAUUGCCACUGUAACUGCAAUUGUAAGCUUAAUAACCAUAGUGGGAAAUAUUCUUGUAAUGAUAUCCUUUAAGGUUAACAGUCAGCUCAAAACUGUCAACAAUUAUUACUUGCUGAGCCUUGCCUGUGCAGAUCUCAUCAUUGGGAUAUUUUCUAUGAACCUUUAUACGUCCUAUAUACUCAUAGGCCAUUGGUCUCUUGGAAGCCUUGCCUGUGACCUGUGGCUAGCACUGGACUAUGUAGCUAGCAAUGCCUCAGUAAUGAACCUUCUAGUCAUCAGUUUUGACAGAUAUUUUUCCAUCACAAGGCCUUUAACUUACAGGGCCAAACGCACGCCCAAAAGAGCUGGCAUCAUGAUUGGUCUGGCUUGGCUAAUUUCCUUCGUGUUGUGGGCACCUGUAAUCUUGUGCUGGCAGUAUUUUGUUGGUGAACGAACAGUACCACCUGAAGAGUGCCAGAUACAGUUUCUAGAUGAACCCAUUGUCACCUUUGGUACUGCAAUUGCUGCUUUUUACAUUCCGGUGUCUGUGAUGACCAUUCUGUAUUGCCGCAUCUAUAAAGAGACAGAGAAACGUACCAAGGACCUUGCUGAACUGCAGGGUUCAGAGUCUGUGGCAGAGUUUGAGACAAUAAAGCCUCAGAAAGCUCUCCUGAAGUCUUGCUUCAGUUGCAAGCAACAAAACUUAGUCAAAAGAGAGAGGUGUCAGGCUUCUUGGUCUUCAUCUAGUCGAAGUACGUCAGCCACGGUGAAAGCCUCUCAGGCAGCGAGUACUUGUAUCGACUGGGCUAAGGCUGACCAGUUAACCACCUGCAGCAGCUACGCAUCAUCAGAAGAGGAGGAUAAACUUGCCGCUGACUCAGUUUUCCAAGUAACUUAUGGAAGUCCGUCUAAUAGUAAGGCAGAAGAGUUUCAUGAGAGUACAGAUGUUGUUGUAAAAGACCAACCUGAAGAAAAUGAUUUUGAGAACCAGAAAUACUUUUUGUCACCUGCCAAAGACCACAUACAGAAAAGUAAAAAAUGCGUAGCCUAUAAAUUCCGAUUGGUGGUUAAGACUGAUGGCACCCAGGAAGCCAACAAUGGUUGCCAAAAAGUAAAAAUAACUCCUUGUUCUGCUGCUCUGUCAAAGGAUCCUUCCAUCAAAAGCAUGGAUCCAAAUAUAAAUAACCAAAUCACCAAAAGGAAACGGAUGGUUCUUAUAAAGGAGCGCAAAGCAGCACAGACUUUAAGUGCCAUUCUUUUGGCUUUUAUCAUGACAUGGACUCCCUAUAAUAUCAUGGUUUUGAUCUCCACAUUUUGCCCUGAAUGCAUUCCAGUAACACUGUGGCACCUCGGAUAUUGGCUAUGCUAUGUGAACAGCACUGUUAACCCCAUGUGUUAUGCCCUCUGUAAUAAAACUUUCAGAAAGACUUUUAAGAUGCUGCUUUUCUGCCAGUGGAAAAAGAAAAAAGUGGAAGAGAAACUAUACUGGCACGGCAAUACCAGACUGCCAUAAUUGCUUUUGAAUAAGGAAUAAGGGGAAAUAUAUAUAUUGAUGUAACCUAGCAAAUUGACUGUAAUUCUGUCUUUUCAAAGCUGUUGCUUUAUGUGUCUAGUGGUUAAAAAAAUCUGCUGAAAAGUUAAAUUUUGCAUGAAAAUAGCGUGUGCUUGGGAUAAAAAGUCAGUGGCUGCUAUGAACGACACAGUUUGUUUUUGACUAUGCAGUAGAUCUGCAUUAAAGUUACUAUGUUUGGGGUCUUAUGUCCUUUCUUUCAGCCUAAGAAUAUGUAGAGUAAAUUAUGAACUACUAGAAAUUAGACUGGGAUGGUCACCCAAUCAUCAGGUUAGGUCAUCCAGUCUUUCUCCCUGUAAUUCCCUGUCUUUCUAUAAUUCCUUGCUAGUGUAUUUUCUAUUGAGUUUUCAAUGUACCAAGCAAUGGAGCUUGUAUUACUUUUGUUUUGAGACUUUUCUACCUGCUGUUAAAAUGCAACAAGGAAUAUGUAAAGGGAUAAAUGCUGUCAUGCCCAAUACUAAAUGGUUAGGGAGAUUAUUAAUACUCAAAAUGAACACAUAUGGCAGGAGAUUGUGAUACUGAUAAAAUUUCCACUUUAAGGAGGACUUUUGUGGAGACAUUGGAAGGGCUCAUAGUGAAGGGAAUAGAUAAUGUAUCUUGUAUAUGAAGAAGCCAGUCCCAAUCUCAGUCCCAAUCCAUCAUAAAAGUGACUGUCAUCUGCAAAAAUGGUGUUGAUUAGCAGAUAUCUCUAAAUUUCUCCAGUUCCCAGUACCUCUGAAUGAAAUUUUAAAAUUUUAUGCAAUACUGACAAUGGUACAAAACAGAACUGACUGUAAAGCAUAAUGGAUACCGUCUAUCUACAACACAAGGAAAGCCUUUUUCCAAAUUACCUUUGUUGUGCUUCCCCUGAGCCCAGAAUUUUCCAUUACUGAUGGAAUGAUGCAGAACAAGAGAAAAAUAAGUAUUGGUACACUGUACGUUUACCUAUAUAUAAACAGUGACAGAAUUGGCAUCCCUGAAAGAAGAUUUUUUAAAGUAACUUUUGAAUAUUUCUAUAAAACUAUUAAGGACACUUUACAAUUUUUGUCUUUGAAUAGCUUUACAAAUAGUAGUCAGUAUCAGGUGCUUGGAAACACAAGUUACCUUCAGGCACUGUCUUUUGGUCCAGCAGAACCAUAUCUGCUACCGUACCGGGGGCUGGAGUCAACCCCUCAGGUGGCUAUAGCUUCUGGGACUGGGUUGUACUGGCCUAGUUACAAUGACCUGAGGCACUGACCACUAGCUGAGGUUUGCUGGGGCUUUUGGUGCCGGGGCUGAACUGCCUGUGCCUGACUGAUGUCUGUGAAAGAUUGGCAGGAGUCCUGCAGCACUUACUGGGUGCAUAAGCAAGGGGCUGCCUUCAGCAGAAGGCCAGUGGAACAGAGCUGCUGACCUGCCUCUUUCUGGCAGGAACAAACAAGAAGCCUCAGAAAAGACUACGAGAAAACAAAGUUAAUGACAACAGAAGUCACGAGGAAUGAAGAUGUAAAGGAAACAAAUGUUUAUGAAUAAAUGAGAAAGAUCUUCAUGUACUCAAAGUUCAGAUUCAGUUCUAGCCUUUCUAUUAAAAUUCUGAGUGAGGUACUCUGGAAUAUUAGUUUGGGACAAUCUUCAUAUAAUAUCUGCUAUACACGUUAGUGGGACAUUAUAGUGGUGACAUGACCCAGUUGCACAUUUCAGGGAUUGUAUUAGUUAUCAUGAAUGUACCAUUGCUCUCAGUGAAAUUGUUUGUAUAAUUUAUUAAAUUAUCAUACCAUCAAAAAUUUCCCUACAUAUGAAUAAUUCCACCAUUUCAACAAUCACAGUACAAGUAAUUAACAUUUUCUGUAUCCCCAGUCUCCACAGGGCAGAAUUGUGUCAGUGAAAGGUUAGCAGUGUAAUAAUGUAAAAAUAUGUUCUCUAAAUUCACGAUUGAUUUUGUAAUGCGUCAUACGGUGCCUAUUAUUUUUUGUGCACUAUGAUUACUUAUUAAAGGAAAGCAGAGGUUUUUAUAAAGACCCUUUCAUCAACUUUGCUCUGUCACUAUCCAGAGCUUUUCCUGUGUACAGUAACUACGUACACAUUGGUUAUUAUAGUGGGUUUAUUUUAUAUUACAUUGGAUCAGACAUUCAGUAAACUAUGCUUGAUUUUUAGCAAAUGAAUGUGCCCCUCUGGGGCAAAAGCUGUAGUUAAUGGCAAAAUUUAUGAGGUAGUAACAGUUCCUGCUAGCUGCACUGUUAUUGCUAAAAUGAAGCAUUGGCUUCUACUGAAAUUAAAUGGGAUAUUUUUUGUUGGUUUCGAUUUCUGUUGAAGAAUGUUCUGUAAGUUUUUAUGGACUCUGUGCUCAGUAAAUGUAUUAGAAUACAUGGUGAUGGAUGCAACAAUGUUGAUUUAUUGUAAUUGUGAAAUAUGUGCUCAAAUUUUGCUGCUAGCACUUAAUCAUGUGAGAGAUUACAUGGCCAAACAUGAAUACAUUGUAAAUAUCAGGAAUUAUAUAAAGAGUUGUGUGUUGCUUUAUUGUUAUGUAGGAUAUUUUUUCUUAAAAAAGAAAUCAAAAUCACAAAAAGACAAAUGUGGUUGUCAUCAGAGUAUCGCUUAGUACUUAAUUAUAUUUUGUACCUUUGAAAAGUGUUGUGGGACUUUUGCAGUGUAGGACAAUCUUGUUAUCUGUAUUUCUGUACUUUUAAUGACAUUUUUACUGAUCCUAUAAUUGGUUAUGGUCAUAGACUAGUGAAAUUUUUUUGUAAAAUUACAUUUUAUUUAUACAUAAUUACAUACACAUACAUAUAUAUACAUAUAUAUGUAUGUAUUACCAAUAUAGAUGCAUAAAUAUACAUCCCUAACUAAACUUUUCAGAGACCCAGCAGCUUUUAUAUUUUCGAGUAUUGAAUUUUCCCAGAAACUUGGGGUAGGAUUUUUGCCUCUACCUUUUCAUAUAUGCCAGCCUCCCUGUAUGUUCCAGAUCCCCACAAAUUAUCAACUAACAUUAAUUUUCUGUAAAUAUAAUUUAUGUUUGUAGAUAAAUAUUUGGAAUAGUUCCCAGAAUUUUUAAACAGGUAUAGAACACCUGGAUACAGUUGUGCACUUUCUGUGACUACUUAGAGUGAAGAGCUUUGCAAAGGACAGAAAGUCAUGAUAGACCAUAAAUGCAAGGGUUUCCUUUACAGAAAAAAUCUUGUUGAAUUGCGAAAGAAUGAAAUCAAAAGACUUACAGAGAAAAUAACCUAAGAACCUGUAAAAUACGAUAGAGAAUAUUUUUCCAUUAAUUCUAUAAUUCAGUUGCCAAUAAUGCUUAUCCUACUCAACUAUUCGUGUCAAUUAUUAACUGCUAUUAACUGUUGAAAAUUAUUUUUAUGUGUGGAUUUUUGUUCCUCAUCUCAUUUGUAUCUCUAAUGAGACCUGCACUGGGAAAUAUGGACUUGAGGAGUCUAGAUCCAGAGUCAGUGAUGGACUUCAAGGCAAAAUACUUCACUGUACUUUCUCAUCACACUUUAGAUAUUGUUCCAGUUUCAGAGCUGAGUCUCAUGAAAAGUCCCCAUCUCUAAUUCUGAUCAUUUUAUCUGGCACAUAGAGCUUUUUCUCAGUAAUCUGUGACAUUGCCUCCUUGUCAUAUUUGAUAGAUUACCUGAACAUGUCAAAUUAAUUUAACUGAUAAAUCUUAAUGCAAAUGCAGGUAAGGAUAGUCACAUCCUUGAAGGAAUAAAAAUCUCACUGAGGUGUGGUAAGCAUGUUAAAUUUAACUGAGAAGUCAUUACAACAAAUAAAGAAUCCCAUAUCGGUUUGGAA